GAACUAUAUAUAUGCAAAGAUCACAUUCACUCAAGUAAAUUAUUGUAUAAUACUGAAAUUAGUACUACUUUCAUAAAAAAAACUCUUAUGGUUAUAGAAAAGUAUUUAUAUAAGAAAAUUAGUUCAAUGAUAAGAAACUUUAUAAAAUUCCAUUUAUUAUGACGUAUGACAUUGCAUUAUAUCUUCUCUGAAUCUCUGUGUACUUUCAUUAGUUAAAGUUAUUGUUGGUUAUAAUUUGGAAUCAUGUCGGAAAACAAUGAUAAUGAUAAAUCAAUUUUAGAUUGUUCUAAAAAUGGGUUGGGUGAGAAAAUUACCAGUCCUCCACAAAGUAAAAGUUCCAAAAGAAAAAACAAAUCAAAAAAACAAGAGAAUCACAAAGCAGAAAAUAAUCUGGAUGAGAAUGGAAUACAAGAGGAUGUUAAAAUGAAUAAGAAGGACACUAAUAAAAUUAAGAAAGAAGUAAAAGCUGAAGAUUUGAAGAAUCUAACUGGAAAUGAUAAUACAAUCUCUAUCAAGGACUUGAGAGCUGCUAUGGAAGCUCUCACGAUGGCACAGAAACCUGCUAAAACCACUGAAGAGGCUUUGACAAAACAAUUUCAGUUUUGGAAAACGCAGCCUGUACCACAACUAGAUGAAGAAGUCACUGUAAGUGAAGCUAUUGAAUCAGAUAAGGACCCUUCUGAAAUAAGGAAAGAACCAUAUAGUUUACCAGAUGGUUUCCAAUGGGAUACAUUGAAUCUUCAGGAUCCUCUAGUAUUAAAGGAACUUUAUAAUUUAUUAAAUGAGAAUUAUGUGGAAGAUGAUGAUGCCAUGUUCAGAUUCGAUUACCAGCCAGAAUUUUUACAAUGGGCACUUCAACCCCCUGGUUGGAAAAAAGAGUGGUUAUGUGGUGUUAGGGUAGUAAAGAGUGGCAGACUGGUUGGAUUCAUUUCUGCAGUACCAGCAACGCUGCAUAUCAAAGAAUCUGCAAAGCCAAUGGUGGAAAUAAAUUUCCUUUGUGUACACAAGAAGCUGCGAUCAAAACGUGUAGCGCCUGUGCUAAUUCGUGAAAUCACUAGAAGAGUCCAUCUUCAAGGCCUCUUUCAAGCAGUCUACACUGCAGGAAUAAUUCUGCCUAAACCAGUUACUUCAUGUCGUUACUGGCACCGAUCACUCAAUCCCAAGAAGCUGAUUGAUGUAAAGUUUUCCCAUCUUUCACGCAACAUGACCCUGCAGAGGACUCUAAAACUGUACAAGCUGCCUGAUACACCAAGAACUCCUGGUUUCAGAAAGAUGACCAAAAAAGAUCUUGUUCCAGCUCAUAAAUUGCUUAGUGAGUAUCUAAGAAAAUUCAGCUUGGCUCCUGAAUUCUCCCUAGAAGAAUUCACCCAUUUCUUCUUACCACGCCCCAACAUCGUUGACAGCUUUGUGGUAGAAAGAGAAGGAAAAAUCACAGACUUUGUGAGUUACUACACCCUACCAUCCACUAUUAUGCACCAUGCAGUUCACAAGUUCUUGAAAGCGGCUUACUCCUUCUACAAUGUGUCCACUGUAACUCCUUGGGUAGAACUGAUGAAUGACGCUCUCAUUUCUGCAAAAUCCCUUGGCUUCGAUGUCUUCAAUGCCUUGGACUUAAUGGACAACAAGGAGUUUCUUGAGCCCCUCAAGUUUGGUAUAGGUGAUGGCAACUUACAGUACUAUUUGUAUAAUUGGAAAUGCCCGAACCUGAAACCUCAAGAGUUGGGACUGGUUUUGCACUGAGAGUUUGGUGAUGAUACCCUGCGUGGUAUCAAAGAUACUCCAUUUUAAGUGAAUUCAAAUUCGAAUGUUUUUCGAAGUAUAAUUUUGAGUUUAUAUAAUUAGUGUAAAGAAUUUUGAGUGCAAUUGAGCGUUUAAAACAUGAUAUUAAGAGAUAAAAAUAAGAAAGAACAAAGAUUGGGUAAUAUAAUAUAUGCACUUUGUUCUUUGUUAGACACAUUUUUGACAUCAGGUUUGAUUCAUGUAAUAAAAUGGAAAUAAAAUAA